AUGAGAGGGUGUUGGAGUUUGACAAAUAUGACAGUACUGCAAAGCAAUCAGCAACAGGGGUCAUGGGGCAGCAACCAUGGACACACAGAAAUGAGCAGUAGCGGAACAGCCGAAUUAGCAGUACAAUGCGAGGCUCAUCCUGGAGGAAGUGAACCGAGCAAGGCACACAGCCAAACAUGCAAAAGCACCGAGCCGCAAAAGGCGGAGCUCCUAUCUACUUGCAGCCAAAAUGCAAUUCUUUUUGUCUCCUCACAGGCACGGGCGAUGCAACAAACGCUGCUAGAAAACCAGCAGCAAAUGCGUCAUCAACAAGACCUAAAAGAAGCUGAAUCUCUUGCUGCGGAACUAGCAGCCCAGGCUGAGCGGCGUCACUAUCUCCUCUCGACCCGGUCAAUCCCUGGUAGGCGAAGACUGCGUAGUCAUUUCCCCGACUGCCUCCAACAGCACUCCGACCCCGCAGGCCGGCGCCACGUUGCUCCUGCUAUGGCUGAUGCGGCUACUGGUGCUGCUGCAGCUGUCCCGCAUGCUCCCGCCGCUCGACGUGAGACACGCCUGCAGCAAAUUCCCUCUGCUGCCGCAGCAGCAGCUAGGGAGGAGGCGCAAAAGAGGCACUUACAGCCCCGCAAGGUGCUAGACAUCGAGGUAGAUUCCCUUCUAAAGAGGCCCCAAAGAGCCUUAGAGGCUCUACCGCCACUUGCAGCAGCACGAGGGACAGCAGCCGCCGUCAUAGAGCUGCGGCAAGCCAACCAGGAUCUAUGCGGCAGUGGAAGCAGAAAAACGCUACCGCUAUAG